GCUUCCACAGCUCUGAGUCUGAAGCGCACUUUUCAUCUACCUGCUGCCUUGCCUCUCUCCUCCGUCUUGAUUGGCCCUCUGGAGCCAAAUCCCCUUGAAUGAUUUCAAACCCGAAGACUUUGGACACAACAGGAGGAGGAGGAGGUGUUCGCUGGAAACUGGGCAGGGUGGAAGAGACGGAGCCCUCUCAGUCCACCGAACGCACCAUCUCAUGACAGAGGUUUUAUCCGCGGAGAAGCGCUGUUGCUGACGGCUUACCGCGUCCAGACGCUGGGAAAGGUGGAAAGACACGGACUGAAUUCGCUUUAACGCUCGCGGACCUCUCUGAAACCAACCCGCUUUUUUCUUCCUUCCUUCCUUCCUUCCUUCCUUUCUUUUUUUGGGGGGGGGUUAUUAUUUUUGUAUAAGCACUUGAGUGGAGUGAUGGUGUCUAAGCUGUGGGACGCGGUGUGCUGACUGGACUUGUCGCUUGAGACUAAUAGGACCAGACCGGGAAUUCCUCCGAAUAAAUAUCUAAACACAAACAGUAAUUACUGGAGAAAUGUGAGUACCAACAGUUGUCUCCGAGCUCCACUGAGGCUUUUAUUUACCAGAUCAAAAGGGUUUGGAGGAAAGAGCAUUCAGCUCAAGCACAGGUUGCCAUAGCAUCCCAUUAAUAUUUCCACUCCUUUCAGAGCCUAACAGCAUCUUCACAUUUUGGACAAUGUGCUCGUUUCUCAACACCAUUCCUCAGCUCAGGUCGGGUCUAAUCGGGUCCUCGCAGUAAAUUCCGAGCCACAGGUUUCACAAACUGAGAUUCAGACUACAGUCAUGGCUAAAAAUCCCUCCGAUGGGGCCAAGGAUGACCUGAGCCAGCUGACGGACGAUGACCUGCUGCGGUGCAGCAAAGAGGAGCUGGUGAGGAAGCUAAGGAGGGUCGACAGCGAGAAAAUGAACUUGAUGAUAGAGCACGGCAACAUGAUGAAAGACAUCAACCGGCGGCUGCAGGUGCACCUGCACGAGAUCCGCAGCCUGAAGGAGGUCAACCAGAAGCUGCAGGACGACAACCACGAGCUCCGGGAGCUCUGCUGCUUCCUGGACGACGACAGGCAGAAGGGCAAGAAGCUGUCCCGGGAGUGGCAGCGCUUCGGCCGCUACACUGCCAGCGCCAUGUGGAAGGAGGUGGGCGCCUACAUGAUGAAGCUCAAGGAGCUGGAGGCCAACCAGGAGAGCGUGUUGAGGGAGAACUCGGAGCUCAAGGAGAUCAUCCUCAUGCUGGACGAGGAGAGGAACGGGGCCGGCUCCAGGAGCUCCAUAGACAGCCAGUCUAGCCUCAGCAACCUGAACGGUGGCGCGGGGACGGUGAGGGACGUCGGAGACGGGAGCAGCACGUCCAGUACGGGGAGCGCGGGAAGCCCGGAUCACCACAAUCACAACCACGUACACAAGCCCUCGGAAAACAGCAAGAUGCCCACCAUGAGGAGGUCGAUGGAUGAUCUGUCAGCUCCACAUCAUCACAGGAGCAUCCCCAACGGACUCAACGAUUCCUCCUCCAACUACAUCAGGCAGCUGGAGACAAAGGUCCGGAUACUGGAGGACGACAACAAUAAACUCCUCUCUCAGGCCCAUAACCGCUAUAGCUUAUCACAGAUACAGACGAAAAAGCAGUGCAACCCGGGUGACCUCCGAGUCCUGAGGAAGGGAAUGACUCUGUACCACUCCGAGUCCCAGCUGUCCUCGCUGCCCCAGCGCCAGGAGGCCAUGCACAUGGGCACAAACCGUCUGCCAACAAGUGAGUCGUCUCCUGCCACCGGCUACCUGUCCUGUGUCCAGAAGCCCGAGGCGGUGGUGCACGCCAUGAAGGUUCUAGAGGUCCACGAGAAUUUGGACAGGCCGGCUCCCGAGGACUACGAGGACGAUCUGAGUGAGAAAGAGAAGGCCAUCGUGCGAGAGAUGUGCAACGUGGUGUGGCGGAAACUGGGCGACGCCGCCGGAUCAAAGAUGUCCAUCAGGCAGCAUCUCUCUGGGAACCAGUUCAAGGGCCCGCUGUAGCACCGACGACCCGACUCGCCUACAUUCACCCGGGGGGGAGAGAGGGAGUCGCCACCGCAUUAAUCCUGCCAACACCACCCAUCCCUCCGCGCUCCACCACUGCCAACGGAGAAUCAGCUGCCCCCUCCCGCCCCUUGUAGAAAACGCCCUCUUUAGGACCGACUGAGUCGGCUACAGGAUGGACUAUGUAGUUUUGAUAUUUACAUGUGCAGUGAAAUUAUUACACAACGUUUCUAACCAGUCGAUGGUGAAGGCGACUACUGGCAGCUAGUUUGGCCACUUUCCGUCAGUCUCAAACACUCGCGCCGCUCUGUUAGCCUCUCUCGAGGGCAUGGCGGCGCAACACGGUUUCAAGCACAGACGCGACAAAGCCGCAGGAGCCGAGGCCUCACCCCGCGUGCUACGGGGGCGCAAAAGUGCCACAAUGCGACAAAUAAUUUGUCAAAUAAAUACUCCGAAUUAGCGG